CCUCCCUCCUCCCUCUCUCUCACACACACCCCCGCUUGGGCCUCCUCUCUCUCUCCGGCUCCAUUUUCUCCGCCGCCGGGGGCCGGGGUCUCCUGUGGGGGGCCCAGCCGGUACCCCAGCUCUCCCUUCAGUGCCGGGGUGAACCCCCGGGGGAGCGAGGAGGGGGGGAGACGGGCGGGGGUUGGGGCGGAGGGAGCAGCGGCCCCAGCGAGUUUGGGGGGGAAGUAACCAGGCGGGGGGAGGGGCGGAGCAGGGAGGGGGCCUCAGGGCCCCCCCCCAGCUAUGGACGAGCGGCUACUGGGGCCGCCCCCUCCAGGCGGAGGCCGGGGGGGCCUGGGAUUGGUGGGUGGGGAACCUGGGGGCCCUGGCGAGCCUCCCGGUGGCGGAGACCCCGGUGGGGGUAGCGGGGGGGUCCCGGGAGGCCGAGGGAAGCAAGACAUCGGGGACAUUCUGCAGCAGAUAAUGACCAUCACCGACCAGAGCCUGGACGAGGCCCAGGCCAAGAAACACGCCCUAAACUGCCACAGAAUGAAGCCUGCUCUCUUUAGUGUCCUGUGUGAAAUCAAGGAAAAAACUGGCCUCAGCAUUCGAAGCUCCCAAGAGGAGGAGCCAGUAGACCCACAGCUGAUGCGCUUGGACAACAUGCUUCUGGCAGAGGGUGUGGCUGGGCCUGAGAAGGGGGGAGGCUCAGCUGCAGCCGCUGCAGCCGCAGCAGCCUCUGGGGGUGGUGUGUCCCCUGACAAUUCCAUCGAACACUCGGACUAUCGAAGCAAGCUUGCCCAGAUCCGCCACAUCUACCACUCAGAGCUGGAGAAGUAUGAGCAGGCAUGUAACGAGUUUACAACCCAUGUCAUGAACCUGCUGAGGGAGCAGAGCCGCACGCGGCCCGUAGCACCCAAGGAAAUGGAGCGCAUGGUGAGCAUCAUUCAUCGAAAGUUCAGCGCCAUCCAGAUGCAGCUCAAGCAGAGUACCUGUGAGGCCGUCAUGAUCCUUCGUUCCCGUUUCUUGGAUGCCAGACGGAAACGCCGUAACUUCAGCAAACAGGCCACUGAAGUCCUAAAUGAGUAUUUCUACUCCCACCUGAGUAACCCAUAUCCUAGUGAAGAGGCUAAGGAGGAGCUUGCCAAGAAGUGUGGCAUCACUGUCUCUCAGGUCUCCAAUUGGUUUGGUAAUAAGCGAAUUCGGUAUAAGAAAAAUAUUGGAAAAUUCCAAGAAGAGGCAAACAUCUACGCUGUCAAGACUGCCGUAUCAGUCACCCAAGGGGGCCACAGCCGCACAAGCUCCCCAACACCCCCUUCCUCUGCAGGCUCUGGCGGUUCUUUCAAUCUCUCAGGAUCCGGAGACAUGUUUCUGGGGAUGCCUGGGCUCAACGGAGAUUCCUAUUCUGCUUCCCAGGUGGAAUCACUCCGACACUCCAUGGGGCCAGGAGGCUAUGGGGAUAACCUUGGAGGAGGCCAGAUGUACAGCCCUCGGGAAAUGAGGGCAAAUGGCGGCUGGCAGGAAGCUGUGACCCCAUCUUCAGUGACAUCCCCCACAGAGGGACCAGGGAGUGUUCACUCUGACACCUCCAACUGAUCUUGCCCCUCAGGAUCAUGGGGGGGUGGGGGCUCUCAUAAGGCGACUCUUGAAGAGGACGCAGGCAUCCAGAGGACAAACCCCUAACAGGAGAAGCACAAGAAAGAGAAGGGCGAAUGGGGUCAACCCUCCCCAAUUAGACUCUCAGUGCUGGGGGUGCUGACUACAUGGCAGGGAGAAUGGGGCCCUUUAGGGGAGUGGGGUCUAUCUCCUCCUUUUUUCCUUUUUUGUCUUUUCCCCCUUUUCUCUUACACAGCAAAUCAGACACCUAUUUCUCAGACCCCUUUUUCUCACCCCCGCCAUACACACUCACAUACAACUAUUCUGUUUCUGUGUACUCCCCCACUUACCCUCCCCACCCUGCUAAUAUGCUCUGGAAUCUGGAGAUGUCAGCCCUGCCCGACCCAGAGAUGCCAAAAAUGGGGACUCGACUUCUGGACAAAUGACAUGGGCCACGCCCCCUGUGCAUCCCCACCCCCUUCCCCUCCAGACGGCUUUAUUACCUCAUAUGCAGCUCAUCUUAAACCAAUAGAAUCGCUCGGUGGACGAGAGUGUCUGACUCAGAUAUCUACCUCGGAGGGAGUUUCUGCUACUUUAGGGAAUUGUUGACUGGGCUUUGGGAUUUUUUUUGUUGUUUUUUGUUUUUAAAGAAACGAAACCCUGGGAUCCAUCUGUAUCGUCUUUUAUUUUUAUUUUUUGGUGGUGGUGGUGGUGGCUCUUAAUUUUUUAGUAUGGGGAAGUAGUUUUGUUUUCUUUUUUAAAAUAAACAUACUUUUUUAAUAUAAUUUCUUGCUUUCCCAUAUUAGAGGUGAUAGCCAAAGGGGUCUCCAUAAGAGGGGAACCAACAAUACUAGUGAAGAAGCCCAACUGGCUCUAUGCCUGUUCAUCAGAAAGUGAAUUUUACAGAACACCAAGCCCUUCCCUCUAAAAUCACUUAGGUGUUCUUUGCUUAUGCAGGCAGUUUCUGUUGUAUUUGGAGCAGAGGCAGUAAGGGGUUUGCCUUGCUGGCCCCCUAUAUCCAACCCCCUUCCCACAACCCUUGGGCAGGCUAAACUCAACAAUUGAAGAAAUUGAAGUUGCCACCUUCCCCAUGUGACACAUCUUUUAAUUAAAUCUUUUUUUUUUUUUUCUUUAAUUGUCAUUUGCAGAUUGGAGGAUAAAGAACAGAGAGGGGAUUCUUGUUAAAUAUGGGUUGGGUGCUUAUAUAUGUAUUUCCCUCAGUUUCCCCAAAAAUGAGGUAUCUUUUUUUCUCACCAAAAUUAAGGGGGUGGGGAGAGGUGGGAGGUUGCAAAAAUCCAGGUAUGGGGGAAGAAAAAACACUGUCCCAUCCUUGGCCCUGAAUCCUACUAUCGAAUCCCCUCAAACAUCCUCAGGAUUUUACAAGACUGUCAAGAGUGGGGAACCCCUCCCAUUAAAGAUCCUAGCAGGAUUGGGGAACAGGUUGGGAGUGUGAUGGGUGGGGGGUGGGAGGCACGGGGCCAGGGGCAGUUCUCUCCUCACUUGUAAACUUGUAGUUUCACAGAAAAGAAAAACAAUUCAGUUUUAAAUAAAGAAAUUUCUUUUUUC